AUGCGUUGGAACGUGUCUAUACCGUUCCUCAUCGCCGGCUUUGUCGAGUAUGCAUUUGCUGGCUUGCAUCACUACCAUGCUCAUAGCCACCGACACCGACACCUGAGACGCCAUGCUGAGCAAUUGGAGCCGAAGGACCUGGCCUGGGGUAAUGCGGAAAAUAUCCAAGGGGAUAUGGAGCUGGAAUUUGUUACUCUCACGACUACCACUACAGUUGUUGAGAACUGCGCGCCUACCAACACUAUUUUUAGUACAUUAACACUCAUUAAGGAAGUGCCUGAGCCCACGCCAUGUGCCUCAGAGUUCCUGGCGCACAGUUUCAUGCCCGAGCCCAUGGCCCCGGAACCCUUCCAAGCCCAGUGGAACCAAGUGCAGCCUCAUUCCGAGCCUAUAUAUCAAGCCGCAACCCAGCCCCAGCCAGCAAAUCCUCACAUCAACCAGCCUCAGACCACUCCUCCUGAACCAACAGAGUCUGAUAUUACAACAACCAUCUUGAAGACCAAGACAAUAACCCGAACUGCAACACACACCGUGCGAGUCACCGUCACACCAGAACCAGACACCCCAUCACUGGCAGACACACUCCGUGACAAUCCAACCAAGGAACAAAAAGCAGUCCCACACAACGGCCCACCAAAGAAAGACAACGGCGGUGCUGUCGACGCAGUCCUCGCUCUCCCAGGCGAAGUCCUCCCAGACCUACCAGUAGUCGACCAACUCCUCCCAGGCCCAAAAGCCGACAAGCCCGGACCAGUAGCAUGGACAGCAACACCACCAAAAGGCGAAUUCUCGGUCAACCGAUUCGGCGGGCGCACAGCACCACAAGGAACAGAAAUCCACUACCGCGGCAACGUCGGCAAACCAUGGGGCAGCAACAUCAUCAUCGUCAGCCCGGAAGAAGCGCACACCUACAAAUACGUAGCGCAGUUCCACGGCGCACACAAUAAACCCUGGACAGUAGUUGUCUGGAACAAAUUCGGGCCCGACGGGAAGAUGAACGGGUGGUACGGACACUCCGCAGUGACGUUCUCAAUUGCACCCGGUGAAACGCGCUAUGUCGCCUUCGAUGAGGAUUCCGAGGGCGCGUGGGGUGCUGCGCCGGGUGAUUCGCUUCCGAAGGACCAGUGGGGUGGGUAUUCGUGUACCUGGGGUGAAUUUACGUUUGGGGACGGGGAGAAUAAUGGCUGGUCGGGUUGGGAUGUGUCGGCUAUUCAGGCUCAGAUUGCUAAACAGCAUGUGCAGGGUAUGUCUAUUUGUCAGGCUGAUGGGCAGGGGUGUUCUGUUAUUACGCCUAAUGCGGACAAGGUGGUUGAUGCUUAUGUUGAGUCGAAGAAGGCUCGGAAUGGCAUUGGGGGUGCGGCGGCUCCUGGGCCGGUGCGGCUGGAUGUUUUGCUUGAUUAUCGCGGGUAG